AUGGUGAUUCUCUCGCACCGUCUAGGUGAUCCGCAUCUUGUGGAGUUGCAGUCAUGGCUUUCCAACCGGACCCUGCGGAAUUUCCUGAGCCAUUACUCCGAAGACGUGUGGCCGCACGUUGUGAAGACCAUGGUUUUGCUCGGCAUCUACGCCUUGCAGUACAGCGGAAAUAAUCACACAAGUACUACUACACCCUCGAUGUUAGCCGGAAGCAAGAAGGCGGGCAACAAAAAGCAGCAAGGCAAGGAUGCAGAAACAAGCGGUACAGCAGACGGCAGUUCCGCAAAUCGCAAUUCCUCCGCCGAGCCGCGCACGCCGGGGAACAAUGACAAUGUUGUGUGGUCCAUGGAGGACCUGGAGAAUCUCCUUCGCUUUUGCGCCAAUGAGGAGGAGUGGCCGAAGCAGCUGCAACCGGAGCUGUUCCGCGGCGCGUGGGGCGAGAAAGUUUGUGCCUACCGAAAGCCCAACGGCCAGUGGCGCGCGGGGCAAAAGGAGGUGUACCGCCCGCGCGGCCCGCACGACAAGUCCACGCCCUCGUUCCCAACGCAGACGGUGUACGAGCCCGACGAGGCGCAAACCAAAGCGAGCGUGUACCCCACGUGGUGGAGCGACCAGGGGGAGAAGAAGGCGCGACAGCGGACGCAAGUGUUAACCGCCGCGGACUACCAGCUGAAGAAGAUCCGGGACCGGAAUCUGCGACAGGCGCGGGAGCGAAAGCGGCCGGAGCCGAUAUUGGAGGAGGAUUCCACUUACUCUUCCUCCUCCUUCACCGAGCAAGAGAUCAUCGAGCGCUUCCGCAGGGAGAAGGCGAAAAAGCGCGAACAAAGAAUACGAAACGCGAUAAGCAGAGGGGGCGAGCGAGGCGGGGCAAUGCCGUCCAGCAGACGCGGGCCGGUCGUGGGCGGCCAGACGCUACGAGAAGAGUUUUUGCACGGUGGGGAUUUUCGAAAUAAAAACAACGGGUAUUAUGACCCGGGAUAUCAGGUAAGUGAAACUAGAAGGAGAUGAAUUUUUUUUCUCGCAGCAAACCUUGAAUUGAUUCUCGCAUGACACGUGCAAGUGCAGCGCAGGCAACUGAUUGUAAUAUUGAUUCUGCUCGAGAUGAUGCAAAUUAUGAUUAUCGUCUUCACAGGAACCUGCGAGCUACGCUUCUUCCAGUCUAGGUGUGGAUUCCGCGGAUUGUGUGCACGCAUUGAACGAGUGCACGAAAAGUCCGAAAGCUUGGUCGGUGUCGUUUCCAAGUAUUUUUGGAAUAUUUCGUUGAAACUGUUUUGGCUUACGCUUUUAUUCGUCGCGUUAACAAAAAGUGUUUUUUUUUUUUUGGAUGGCCAUCCUCCAUGAUCGGUUCACUCCUCAACAAACCAGGCACUCGCGGCCCGGGUAGCACAACCGUGGAACAACAGAAGCCGAGCUACCAACCGCCCAGCUACAGCAGCCGACCCGCGCCCUUUGCGCACCACCGCCGACGAAAGCGGGACGGGCAGUCGGCAGUGGAACUGACGCGCAGCUUCCUGGCCAACCCCGCGCUCCGGCAGGCCUUUGGCUCGCCCGGGUCUACCUCGCCGGUAGGGUCGCGGAGUCCCUCGCCCUACGACCGAGGAGGGGGGCGAGGAUUGGGGGUGGAAAAUGUUUCCUCGCCCGGCGGAUAUUCGACUGCGAAGGUAGAAGGCGGUUUUUUUUUCAAUUAUUUUUCAAAAGCUGUGAGAGUUCAUCGCGAAAAAACUAUCCGGACAGGGUUUUAUGUUCAUCGCACAACAUUUAUUUUCAACAGGGCUCUUGUUCGCAUACUCCCGGCAGUGCCCUUCCGCUGGACGAGCGAAGGCCGCGGCCCUGGGCCGCAGCGUACAACAUGUCGGAGCGCAGCGAGUAUUCCGAGCGCAGGGAAGCUGUGGGCGACCGACCUCCGAACAGCUUCGUGGCAUGGCACGAGGGCACCAGCAAGGGCACAUCGGCGGCAGGUAUAAUGAGGACCACUAGGGGGCGUGAAGUGUAUAAUUUGUUUUUCAACAACAUCAAGCGGAACAAGAAACUAGAUUUUCUCGGACUAAUGCCGUGAUUGGAAGUACAACAUAACAGUAACAUUUCUAAAAAAUACAGAUGGCGUUGGCGGAACCGGGGUGGAUCUUGAAGAGCUGCUCGUGCGUGAGGAGUCCGACUAUCCAAAGUAAUUUUGCCGUACACGUACAAAUGCAGUUUCUGCAUGACAAAGUUGGGCUUCGAUCCUAGUUUAGCAUGACAAGUGUCACACUCCAAAUUGGUGAAAUUUGUGAUGCAUCUUGUACAUGGGCGGGAAAUUUGUAUUGCAUACCGACUUCCGCAGCGUCGCAGAGUCGUCGACCACCAAUUUUCGGCUGUAAGCAAAGUUUCGUUUUGGGAAUCUAAAUUUUGCAUUUCGAAUGUGGUUUCGCUGUGCUUGUCAGGCGGAUUUGGUGUUACGCCCCUGCUAGAUUUUGCAAAGUAUGAUUGCUGGCGUGUCAUCACCAACAAAGCCAGCAAAAAAGAUAGACUCACACGUUUCUUGAACACCAUUUCGCGCACAAUUAAAGAUAUGUAAGAACAGCAUCCGAGCCUCGCAGAGAAAGCUCUUACCGUACUUAGCAAUUUGAGUUGUGCACACUUCAACUGUGUUCGGCAUGGAACCCAAGGCAACUGUCAUGGUCGGUUCAUUUGAAUUUCUGCGAUAGAGCGAUCGAGUGCAGCUAGAAAGAAG